AGCAUAGCAGCCUCGAGCAGAGUCAAGAUCAAAUGUGAGGAAAGCCUUUACAGACAAUAAUGAAUCUGCAGGCUAUCAUGUAACGGAUUAACCCUGCAGAGCACGUUUUGGUCGAACAAUUGGAUGGCGGAAAGAUUUCGAAGUGAAGAGCGAGAUCAAUAAAUAAUCUACAGACCAUGAACUAUGUGGGUCAGUUGGCGGGUCAGGUGUUUGUGCAGGUCAAGGAGCUUUACAGGGGACUCAACCCUGCAACCCUGUCAGGAUGUAUAGAUGUCAUCGUGGUCCGGCAGCCCGAUGGCACCCUGAAGUGCUCCCCCUUCCACGUCCGCUUCGGCAAGAUGGGUGUGCUGCGGUCCAGUGAGAAACUGGUUGACAUCGAAAUUAACGGAGAGCCGGUGAGUUUGCACAUGAAGCUGGGAGAGAAUGGAGAGGCCUUCUUUGUCAAAGAAACUGAAAACACGAUGGAAAUAGUCCCAUCCUACCUUGCGACCUCACCCAUCGUGUCGACUGGUGCAGAGUUAAUGGAGUCCCAGCUGGGGAGGGGCACUUUCCGUCACCAUGACACCAUCCCCUGCGGUUCACUUCCUGUCCAGAGCCUGGGAAUGCUGCAAAGUGAUGGGGGGAUGAUAAAGAAGAGAAGGAAGAGGAGGAAGAAGGCACGACCAGAGGCAGGUGGAGGAGGAGGGAGGAGAGAGGAGAGUGAUGAAGAGUUCUCUGAGGACCAGGACAUGUUUACUAUUGACCUGAGCUCUGACGAGGAGAGAGAGGGUGACGGCAGACCUGUGUACGGUGAUCAGGGGUCUAUAGCCAACACGCUCACACACCCCAGCACUGACUGGAUCCGUUCACAGAGUCAUGGGAUCAAGACGGUGGAGACGCUCUCCAUCCCUUCAGCCUGUGGUCUGUCCAUCUCUUGUCCUCAGGAGACCUCUCACUUCCCCCCCCACGUUAGUGGCCUCGACGAUUCUAGGUCAUCAACACCGAAGAGCGACUCAGAGCUAACCAAUCAGAAAAACCCUGAGAUUUUGUGGACGUGGGGGGAGCUGCCGCAAGCUGCCCAGCCGGCCUUCCUGACUGACCACCAGAAGCAGCACCCUCCCCCAGUGGUCUCCAUCCCGGUGUCUUCCAGCACUCAUUUUAGAACCAUCCUUGACACGGGACCCCCCUCCCUCAUUCUCUACGCUCCCCAGCCAGGGGAGUCUGCUGCUCACAGUGAGGACAAGGACACCGAAGAAAGCAAAAGUGGAGUCAGGGCCGAACUAACUAUGGCGACUGUGGACAGGCCUGGAGUUGGAGAGGUGGAAAAUGUUGGGCAGUCUUGUGCGGAGAUUGAGGGUUUAUCAGCCGGCUCAGUGUCUCCCAGGAUUCUCAUUGAUCAUCUUGAAGAAGGUGGGGCUGGAGAAAGUCCCAUCAGAUCAACUGAUUCACCAUCAAAGAGGAAAGAAAAAAGAAGCCAACACCUUGGCGCUGAUGGCAUUUACCUGGAUGACAUCACAGAGCUGCAGCCUGAAGUAGCUGCUCUCUACUUCCCUAAAAGUGACGGUGGCAGCAGCUCCAUGAGAGGCGACUCUGAGUUGAUGAUGAUGGGAGUACGGAGCGCAAAUCAGUCCCCCCACUCAGAGGGCAGCAGUGGGAUGGGCAGCAGUGGGAUGGACAGCGGUGUUGACAGUUUGUCCGACCACAUAGGGGACCUGCCUCAUGUUUCCAUCUCUUUGUGUGGAGGACUCACUGACAACAGAGAGAUCACAAGAGAUCAGUUCCAGGAGAGAGCAAUUUCCUACAAGCAGUUUUCGGAAAACCCUUCUCUUAUCGAUGACCCCAACCUGGUUGUCAAGAUAGGAAACAAGUACUACAACUGGAACACAGCAGCUCCUGUCAUGCUGGCCAUGCAGGUUUAUCAGAAACCACUGCCCCAGUGUUGGUGUUUGAGUUACGUGUUUUCUGCUUUUGGCCUCUUCUCAUACUGCCUCCCUGGUCUUUUUGGCUCCAGUCCUUCCCAACCUGCCUCAGUGGAGAACAUCAUGAAGGAGAAGAUGCCAAAGAAAGGAGGACGCUGGUGGUUCUCAUGGAGGAGCCGGAACAGCGACUCCAAAUCAGAAUCAGUGACGGAUGGGGGGGGAGACAGUGGAGAGAGCUCACUCACCAUGCCCUCAAUGAACAGCACAAAGGAUGAGUCAUCCUCUAGUGAUGAAGACAACAGAUCGUCCAAUCAGGCAUCAGGAUCCUGCCAGCCGGAGCCCCUCAUGAGUCCUGGCAGCGUCUUUUACAAGAAGACUCUUCGGCUCAACUCAGAGCAGCUGGCUAGCCUGCAGCUGAAAGAGGGAGCCAAUGAAGUGGUGUUCAGUGUGACCACUCAGUAUCAGGGCACAUGUCGCUGCCAUGGCACAAUCUAUCUGUGGAGCUGGGAUGACAAGAUAGUUAUCUCCGAUAUAGAUGGAACCAUCACCAGGUCAGACACGCUGGGUCACAUCCUCCCUACUCUAGGUAAAGACUGGACCCACCAGGGUAUCGCUCGGUUCUACCACAAAGUCAGCCAGAAUGGAUAUAAAUUCAUGUUCUGUUCGGCGAGGGCCAUUGGUAUGGCUGACAUGACACGAGGCUACCUGCACUGGGUCAAUGAGAGGGGAACCAUGCUGCCUAUGGGCCCGGUGCUGCUCAGCCCCAGCAGCCUUUUCUCUGCUUUGCACAGGGAGGUGAUUGAGAAGAAACCAGAGAAGUUUAAGAUUGAGUGUCUCUCAGACAUAAAGCAACUGUUCUACCCCAACACUGAGCCUUUCUACGCUGCUUUUGGAAACAGAGCUACGGAUGUGUAUUCCUAUAAGGAGGUGGGCGUUCCUCUGAACAGGAUUUUCACUGUCAAUCCCAAGGGGGAGCUGAUACAGGAGCAUGCCAAAACCAAUAUCUCCUCUUAUGUGCGUCUGUGCGAGAUGGUCGAUCAUGACUUUCCGCUCCUAGCUCCAAAUGAGGGAGCAGACCUUCUCCGCUCUGACACCUUCGACCAGUGCUACUGGAACAAAGAACUUCCUGAAGGCACUGACGAGCAAGGUGAAGAGCCACAGCCCCUUGAGGCAAGCUGAGGAACCCCCUUCACGCUGUGGUCAGUGGUUUCAGGGUUCAUUGUGUAGCUCAUGUCCACAGGAAAUGAAGCACUUAUCCAAGAGCUGUUCCUGAUGAAUGAAUCAAGCUUCAUGGCUUCUUCAAGGAUCAAAGACUUAGAAGAUAGGUAACUACUGAUUCAAGUCAGUUAUUGUGAUUUCUAUAUCCAACAUAAACAAUCCACCUUGCCAUCAUUCAACAGUGACAACACAAGAAAACCUAAGGGGUCAUUUUCAAUAACAUAAAAAAAAUCCUCGAUGAAUUUCAGUUGCUAGCUGCUAGGGGGUAUUUAACUGAUUAUUUUCCCAGAUAAGUGCACAACACAGACUCACGUAUUAAAAAUAUGAAGGUGCACUGACUCAUAGACACACGCAAGCAGCACACAAAAGUAAAUCAUGUAAAUGCAUUCCAUUGCAUUACAUUGCAGAGCACAAGUACAUAAUGCUGGUUCCCAUUCUCUACUUCAUCCCAUACUACUAUUAAUUCACACUGGAGGUUAAAACAAGCUGCCACAAUACUAUGGGUGACAAUGAUGAUAGAUAUCGUUAUCUUUCACCAAAUGGCUUGUAUAUUCUAGUAUCAAUAUCGAGUCAUCCCUACUUUUAUCCCCUGAAAUAUUAAGUAAUAAGAAUGGCGCUUUGUUAAUUAAAUAGGCAACUACUUUUGCAGAAAUGUUGCUGUAACCAAACAGAGAUUUUAAACAAGAAGCCUCCAAAAGUGUUAACAAAAUAUAAAUGACAUAUACAAUUCAGCCUGUUGGUGCAUUACUCAUUUUAAUCUUUUAAUGAACAGUGGCUUUUUUUACCCAUCAUGCAAUAUAUUUACCAAAUAGUAAACAGACACCUGGUUGCAGUUUUACCUGGUCUAGUAUAGUGACUGUAGUUAUCUUUUCUGACCUCAACUACAAAAAAUACAGGACACUUGACUUCAGAAAUACCACAAUACAUUACAGUGAAAACAUCCAGUACAUGCAAAAACAGCACAGAAAGUGUUUCCAGUAUUCCCUUGUGUGCCGAACACUUUUGUAGGUCCAGAUAAAUGUGUGUGUGGACCGUGCUACUGUGAAAAAUGUUCUAACUUCAAUACUCAAUGCAGGUCAAUGCAAAAUACCUAUGUGUGUACUUUAUGUCUGUUUUUAUAUGUGCAAGUUAACACAGGUGAUAUACUAGAAUGUAGUCUAUACAUAACUCAGAGUGUAUGUUAUUAUAAUAACUAAUGCUCAUCAAUGCAAUGACUGCUGAUUUUAAGUUUUGUGAAGUUGUUAAUGCACAGAACAGCAUACUUGUUAUGUGGAGCACUUAUCUGUAAAGGAGAAACGCAUGGUGAAAUGGUUGAGGUUUGACUCGACACAUUUAUUUCAGUCAUUUUCUUUUCAUUUGUAAUCAUGUGUUUAUGUUGCCGUCCGUUGAUCAAAUAACACUUAUUGUAUUGGAUUUAUUCAAAAUGGAUGCGUUUAUUUUUACCACAUGUCUAACUUAAAAUGGGGGAAACCACUGUAACAUGAAUAACAUUAUUUUAUGUGAACAUAUGAAGUGAAUAUUUAAGCUCUGCUAAACUUUUGAGAGCUGAUUUAUUGUCUAAUAUACUUUGUUACUGGUUCUCAUUUAGUACUCACAGCUAUUGUAUGUUUUAUUAUGAAUCUGUUUUUAAACCAGCCACCUCUCGUUGCACUGAGAGGGGGCAGUUUCAUCAUGUGACCACUUCAGCAAGAGAACAACAUGCAGUAUUUUAGGAAGGACAAUAGGCGACUUUCUUGUCUCCUUUCGGGUGUCAUGUCAGCUGGUAAUCAUGUGUUAUUUGUCAAUUCAUCUAAUGCAUCAUGGGUAUCAAGAGGGAUGACAGCCAAACUUGUACUUUGUGUAGCAUAAUGAAGAUACUUUCAACCCCCGAAAAGUCUCCGUUUGUAUUAAAACGUAAAUAUUAGGUAGUUAAAAGCAGCUCUGAAUGUCUUACAUCUUCUUGUAAGGAUAGAAUAUGCUACAACUCUCCAGAUUUAAAGCAAUUCACCAGAUUUCAAUAACAAUUUCAUCAUUUAAUUUGUAGUCAGAUAGUAAUGUGUCCUAUAUUGAAAAAAAGAAAUGAAAUCAAAAUGACAGAAGACUGAACUAGGAUUGAUUGUCUGUUAUACUGCUAUAUAAUCUUGGUGCAUAGGAUAGAUAUGUCUAAUGCUGUGCUGGGAUCGACAACAAGAGAAACUAAUGACCUUUCAUCUAAGAUGUUUGAUGUUCAAAUGCCUUUUGGGAAUCCAGUGUAAGUUGUACCAGAGAAAAGACACAGAGGAUGCAUGCUGUUGUGAUUCAAAGAUGUGAAUUUAUGUGGAUGUUAUGAUGAUUGUCACCAGAUUUUUAUAGGGAAGUAUAUGCCCUGUUAUUGUUAUAAGUAUGUCAAACAUUCACAGACACGAUAACUUGUGAUUAUUUAAGCCAAACAAUCACUCUGAUCCGUGUGAGGUCAUUUAAUUUGAUAAUCGUAAAAUCGUCAUGCCUUUAAUUCAAGCACAGAGAUAUACUUACUGUACAAUUUCAUAUGGAAGUAAGAAUUGAUUUUUCCUCUUAAUGAACACAAUGCUCUUCCCAUUUUUUUUUAAGUAAAUCAUCUGUUUUGAUGAUUUUCACCUGAUUCUUUCUGUGAAAGAUCGUAUGAACUCUUGACCAGAUAUCUGUCUCUGUGUUGACUUGGAUGUCGAUCCGGUUUGCUUUCCCGUGUAAAGAUUAUGUUCAGGGCACCGUGAAGCAGCGUGCAAGCUACUAUCGAUAACAUAGUUUGAAUAAAUCUGUACAGUGGACACAUUUUUCAAUAAACUCAAAGGUGAUUGCUA